AUGGAAAAUGGGUUUUUUGAUAAAGUAGAGGAUAAUGCGGCUGUGCGAAUAUGGGCUGAAACGACACAACGAGAGAAAGGCGAUAGUCUUACCGAAGGUGUCAAAGUGGACAAGUAUUUAUUCCGAGCCCUUGCUCAGUUUUGGAAUCCUGCCUACAGUUGUUUCACUUUUGGAAAAGUAGAUUUGACGCCUACUGUGGAGGAGUAUACGACCUUGCUUCGGUGCCCAAAGAUUCAAGUCGACAAGGCUUAUUCCAGAACUGCUUGUGUCCCUCCAUUGUUAAAGAAAUUAAUGAACAUCACUGGGAUGAGCGAGCAGUGGGUCGCUGCCCGGAUCCAACAGAAGGGCGACAGUAAAUGUGUUCCUUGGAAAAGUUUGCGAGAUUUGGUGCUUGUACAUCCUGACUUAAAAAAAAGGGUCGAUGUCUUCGCUUUAGGUAUCUAUGGACUAGUGGUCUUUCCCAAAGCUUUAGGACACAUAGACGAGGCUGUAUCUGAUUUGUUCGAUCGGCUUAGUAAAGGGGUUACACCGGUUCCGGCAAUACUUGCUGAAACUUUUAGAUCCUUGAAUGCGUGUCGAAAAGCAAGGGAGGGAAGGAGAAUUGGUGGCACGCCAAGACGGGAUGAUAUUUCAAAAGAAAAAUGGAUAGAGAUACUCCAGAAUCUCCAGGAUGAAGAUAUUGAAUGGAGGGCUCCUUGGUUAAUUCCUGAUGAGAUAUUGUACCGAUGUGGAGAUUUUGACUGGGUUCCGCUGCUCGGGAUAUGGGGAGCUAUCGGAUAUGCUCCUCUACUCGUAUCAAGACAGUAUAGAUCACGACAAUUCAUACCAGCAACGCAGGGGUUGGCCUAUUGUGAUUUUUCCUAUAGGGAGGACAAUUACAAGAAGAAGGUUCGAGAAAUAUCUAAUGCCUGGAACCAGACUCGUCGAAUGAAGAUCUUAGCCGUGGGUCCGGCAAUUACCCCCGAGUAUAGUCAGUGGCGUGAUCAAAGGAUCAACGACAACAUCCGGCGUCAAAUCCAGAAACUGCUCGAUCUUUAG